AUGGCGGAUGCUGAGACUGAGCCUGAGGAAUGGAAGGCGACGCGGGGAUGCAGAAAGAUUCUCCAGACCCUCGAGGGGGCUAUAGAGCAAUUCAAAUUCCAUUCCAGACUUGCUAUUUCUGAUGAACUAAAGGUCGGUUACUUCACUUCAGACCAUGCUACUCAGACAGACUGCAGUGAAGUUUUUCCUUUGCAAGAUUUGAUUCAAUCCACGGAGAAGUUAAUGCGUACGAUUACGUCACUUCAGGUGGAUUUUGGCUUCCUCAAAGACUUGGUUCAACUAAAGUUCGAGGAACGACUUAAAGAGGAGUCUUGGAAAAUUGUCGGCAUACUCUGUGACAAAAUGUUAGAGUUGAAGAAGCACUACCAGCAGGGAGAAGAUAUCAUGAGAAAAAGCUUUCAACAGCAGCUAUGUGAUGCCAUUGCUGUCAUCAGAGGAAUGUACCAGAAUUUCUUCGAACUAGAAGGCGAAAAGGCCGCCCUGCAAGAUGCAGCAAAUGUCAAAAUGGGUGUUUUGUCGAAAAAAAUGAGAGAGAAAGAAGAAGUUAUUAGGAGUUUAAGGAAUGAACUAGAACUAUAUGAAGAGUUUGGAUUUAAGAAAGUUGAUUCCAAGGAGUCCAGCUCUCUAAGAACAACCUCAGAAAAGGAACUUAUAGAUUGCAGGGCAGAGAAUGAGAGGUUGAUGCAGAUCAUCACAGUGCUUGAGGAGGAAUCACAAGGGGCCAUGAAAGAAAACGCAUUAUUAGAGGAUGAAAUUAUGUAUCUGAAAGAGAUUUCAGAACAGGAUCAGCGAACUAUUCAAAAGUUAAUGGAUAGCAGAGACAGACUAAGGUAUGAGCUGGACUGUGAAAAACUAGCCAUUCAAGAAAUGAUCAACAGACAGAAAGAGGACAUUGAAAUUAAAAAGAAGUAUGCCAGUAUAGCCACCCGUAUUGGCGGCAAGAGAGGAACAUUUGCCAAGGGAAGAGAGUCUUCUGUCUACCUAACGCGUCAAGCCAGAGAGGGCUCACAGUUUGUGCGGCCCCCUGGAACUUCCUUCAGUGUGUCUCCAAAGACGAAAAAGAAGGCAUCGAAGAAAUCUCCUGUGGUUACAUUCGCUCCUUCUGCCACCACACCGACGACAACGACGGUCAUGGCUCCUAGCUCUUCUGAUAUUUUUACCAGUCUCCUUGCAAAGCCUUCAGACAAGCGUGUUGCAUUUCUAGUACCUAAUAUGGUGCCUGAAGAUUUAUUUAUGAGAUAUCAGAUGAUUAAGGAAGAAGAAAAAAAAAUUCUGGAGAGUCAAAUAAGUCUUUUAAAAUCUGCAUUGGAAGAGGAGGAGAAGAAAAUAGAAAGGUUUAAAAAGGAUACUGAUCACUCCAGCAAAAACUGGGAGAAGAAAUUCCUCAUCCUCAGGAACAGCUUUCACGUCCUAAAGAACGAGAUGUUCACUAGACAAGCACUUUAUCGGCAGUGUGCGGUGACUGCUGACAGCUCCUUCAAUUAUGUCAAAGUUAAGCCCUUGUUUGUGCACUCCGGUAUGCAAAUGGCACAGAUAUCCAAUCCUUCACACCUUCCUCGUCCAUCCAUGAUGGAGUCCAAAUUGGAGAACGAACAGAGUGAUCAGGUGACUAAUAAGGAGUACCAGGAAGCCUUGAGAUUGGUGCAGGUGGACCUGCGAGAGCCGGCGGGCGCGGGCGCUAGCGCGCCUUUGCGCACUUUCACUUUCUCAAGCCCUUCAGAAACCCUUGAGGAUGAAACCCUGGGGAUUUGCCAAAACCUUUCUCGGACCCAGGGGCCUACCCCAGUGCCUAGGGAACAGCAAGGCUCCCUGCCUCUGUACCUGAUCCUAGGGUCUGGGUAA